GUACGCGUGUCAGAUCGCAGGAUGCACCAAGCGCUACACGGACCCCAGCUCCCUGCGCAAACACACGUCAAAGCCCACUCAGCCAAGGGCCUCCAGGAGAGAGAGACCAAGGUUCCUGUACAUUGCAUGCCAGACUCCGAGACCUUGAGCGAUUGCCUGGCGAGGCAGCAUCUCCACAUCGCCGCCGCCGUGCAGAGCUGUCCCAGCGGACACGGGGACAACAUGUCCCCUGUGCCAGACCCGGACCACUUUGCAGGCAUAAACUUCGGCACCAGCACCGUCCAUAAGAGAGUGAGUUCGGAGUUCCUCCCCGCGGCUCUGGAGCCCUGCUCCAGCAGGUACGCUGGCUUGGAGGAGGACCUCGGCGCCAACAGUCCUCUUUCUUCUGUGACGAGCCAGGGGGGCAUGAGAGACGGGGACAGACGGGCGUCCUCGUACAUGGCCGCCAACGUCAGCCCAGUGGGAUCGUCCAUCGACUGCCCCCCCGACAGCGAGGAGGCCAUCCGGGCACACGGCUACCACAAAGUCUUCAGCCAGCACCAGCAGCUACUGUCCGACAACCACGGUUGUCUCUAUGGAGAUGGAAAAAUGGUCCCCCCAGCAGCCGACGGAGGCUUCGAGCUGAGCAGCUAUCUGACAAACCCCUCCGCACCUCACUCCGCAGGGUUUGACUUGUUGCAAGACCUCCAGGGCCAGGCCGGAGGGGGUUACGCCAUCUCCCCUUGUCCAGAUGAAAGUUUCCUCUUCCAGGCAGGAGGGGUUGACCGCUGCCUGAGCCAGAUCUACUCCAUC